AUGGGUCUGCGGAUGAAGUUGCGGAAGACCUUUUCGUCUUCUGCCUCGAAGAAGAACAGCGAUCCUGCUCCUCCUCUCAUGCCUAACGAACCACACUAUACCGGCCGCACCGACAUAGAAUAUUAUAAACCUCACGAGAUCCCCAAAUCCAAAUAUAAAGGCAAGGUCGACCCAGCGCAUCAAGCCAGCCUUGCCGCCUUCUCCCUCUCCGAUGCCUUCUCCGCGCCCCCCAGACGGGCCUCCCAGGCGCCAUCCGGCACCUUCUCGCCCGGUGGCACCCAGGCGCAGAGCCUGGCCCCAAGCAGAGCACAGAGCAGAGCUGCAAGUAGGGACCCGAGUCGAAGUCCGAGUAGAAGGCGAUCGUUUCAUGACCAGCGUCGUUCGAACCUGAGGACCGAGACCGGCGUUGAUUCGGAUGAAAGCGGCAGCUCACACAGCACCAGCAGGGAGAAGAGCAUGUCUGCAAGCACGGUUCUGGACCAUGAUACCGCCAGUACAUCGCUCUCGGACCAGCCAACAGCGAUCUCCUCCGCGCCUCUCGAGCAUGACGUGAAACUCGUCGAUAGCGGAAUCGGGAUCCCCAGCAUCGUCCUUUCGAAACAAAUGACGGCUCACGACACACCUUUUACCAUCGAAGAGCUCGAGCAAGCCAUGACACGGGCGUCGCUGCGGCGAAGACAGUUUGACGUCAACCAUCAUAACGACGGCGUUGUUUCAUGA